AUGCUCUUCACUACCACCAUCUUCACCUCCCUCUUCGCAGCCGUGGCCUCCGCUGCGGUCCUGCCACGCCAGCCGGCGACCAUCUGGCCGAGCCCGUUCUCGGGGACCAUCAUGGCCCCUACGGCGGACCAGGCGAUGGCGUUCGGCGUCGGCUUCCCGUUCGACUACCAGGUCUCAAGCUGGUGCGAGCCUGCGUUCGCACCGUUCACGGUGUACCUUACUUCUGGCGCUGCGCCGCCUGUGUUCGACAAUGUCACCGCCGAUGGGGCGCUGGCGGACGGCGCGUUCGUGUUCGCAUUCGGGAAGUUCGUCGUUUCGCGCUUCGGUCUUCCGCAGGAGGGAACGCCCCCACCGACGAGUCUCACUAUGCCGGCUGUCGAUGAUCUCGCUCUGGACCUUAGUCCCGAGACACACUUCUUCCUCACCGUUAUCGAAGAAUUCGAUGGCUGCCCCGGGAGCAUCGCUGUGGAAUACGGCAUGACUUUUGUCCAGCUCUCGUUGGGCCUCGCAACAUAA